GAGCGGUACCUAUUUAUCUACUUGCACUUUGACGUGCUUUCGAACUGCUAGGUUGGCAGGAGCUGGGACCGAGCAACGGGAGCUCACCCCGUUGUGGGGAUUCGAACCGCCAACCUUCUGAUCGGCAAGCCCUAGGCUCUGUGGUUUAACCCACAGGGCCACCCGGAACCCCUAACCUCUCACAAUAUCAAUAAACACAAAUAAAUACAUAAAGAACCUACCCAUGUGAUGCUGACACAAACCCCCCUACAAUAGAACAAAAUAACAAUAUCCCCAUCUCUCUCCCCACUCCCCUUUUCCCCAACUGCAAGAUAUCUAUGACAAAAAUGUCUCUCACCAAAUGUAAACAAACUGUGAAAAAGACUAUGAAUUGAAAGUGGAGACAAUAGAUGUACUGUUCCCUGUUUAUCUGUCCUCUUGUAACACAAAAAAACCCCAAUAAAAGCUAAUUUUAAAAAAUCAUGCUGGGCACCAACAAUGUUCAUAGAUGCUGUUGUUUUGCUCACUUCAAAACUUGGUGAAGUGAUGAAAGAACAUCCAACAAUCAACAUACUUUUAAAAUGCCGCAACCUACACAGGCCUGUAAUAUUCUUGGAUCCAUAAAUAAAUACAGAUAAAGAAUGGUUGUGGGGAUAAAACACAGCUUUAAUAAAUCAUUACAAAAUAGCCAGCACAACAAUUUUUCUUAAGGCUUUAUUCUAACAUAACAUGCCACAAAAUUACUCUUUUCUUAAUGUUGUGGUUCAUGCCCCAUUUAAGGGAAUCCAAAUGAGGAGCUCUGUUACUACAACUCCUACAUCUAAGCCUCCACAUGCAUGCAAAUUGAGAUGCGGUCACAUCAUAUUGAGAUGGGAAGCUGCAGAAAGCAGAACUGGCUUUAUCAGUCGCUGCUUAGUCCACUGUCUUGUCUGGUGCGAUGCAUCUGGACAGCAACUGCCCACAACCCAAGUUGGGCAACUCUUCAGCACUAAAAUUAAAACAUGUUUAGAAGAUCUUCCCACAGCGCCAAACCAACUCUGCUGAUCUGGGACAAGAAAAGGAACAGGCAAUGACAAAGGGCAUUUGCUUCCUUCCUGCAAGUGCAAAUUGACUCAUUCACUGCUCAGCAACCUAAACUAUGUUCAGCUACAAGAUGGAGGGACUUCCAGGUCUUCUGCUAAGGCUGAUGCUGACAGGUAAGGCACAGAGGGAGACACCCAUUCAUGGCCAUCAGUACAGAACACACAAGUUUGGUGUUGAAUUAAAAGUAAUAUGUUGUUUGUUUUUGUAGUUACUGUUUGAAAGCAAGAAACAAGUUUUGUUCCCAUUUUUUAAAUAGAGAAAACAUUCAUUGUCAUUUAUACAGUCCCAGUGAUUCACAAAAUGAAAGACUAUGAAUGUUAGCCAGAUCAUAAUUCUCUUGUGGGCAGGGCUGGAUUUAGGUUUGAUGAGGCCCUAAGCUACUGAAGGUAAUGGGGCCCUUUAGGGAAGUUUUUAAUAUUUAAUGCUGUAUUGUUUUUAACACUUGAUUGGAAGCCCCCCAGAGUGGCUGGGGAAACUCAGCCAGAUGGGCAGGGUAUAAAUAAUUUAUUAUUAUUAUUAUUAUUAUUAUUAUUAUUAUUAUUAUUAUUAUUAUUAUUUUAUCAACAGCUGUCCUUUAUCAACAACAAAUUGUCACGGUUUUUUGUGUUGAAUAUAUGCUAUAUGGUAAUUUAUGGACCUAAUAGGUCUCUAAAGCCAUUUGCACAUAACAAAAUAGGUAUUUUAUAAAAGUAAUUGUUGAAAUGUGGAAGACAGAAGUGUCUGGCGGUCACGAAGAGUCGGACACGACUAAACAACUAAAAAACAACAACAAAUUGUUGAAAUGAAAUACAAUUAAGAAGUAUAUUAAUAGUGAAAUAAUUGUUAAGCUCUAACUGUAUGUAGGUUUUAUUUUAUUUGUUUUUUAUCUUAUAUUUUGGAAAUGCACAUCUAGGUUUUUUUUCUUUAAAAAAUUUUUGAGGGCCCAAGAGAGUGGGGCCCUAAGCUAUAGCUUAUACAUAAAUCCGGCACUGCUUGUGGGAGUCGGACAGCAGGGAGACUGGUCAUCACCACCUUCCUUUAUGAACCAAAAUAAUCCCGAUUAUCUAUUUCAGUUCAUACUAUAAUGUCAGCGAAAGAGUCUGGACAUGUAAUGUGAUUGAAAGGAAGGCUGUAGUGGUGCUUCAAGGAAAACAAAGGCAAAGGGUCUUCUGGUACCACAAGACUCCAUUGUUGCUUUCUGCAACAGAUUAACAUGAUGAAGGGCUGCUGGUACCUCAGUGCUAGAAUGCAUGCUUUGCAUGCAGUCUCAGGAUCAAGCUCCGGUGUCUCCACAUGAUCACCAACUACAGGGUUUUUUCUAGUCUACUUACCUAAGAGAGUAAGUCCUUAACUCUGUGGUAGAGCAUAAUUUGUAGGCAGAAUCUGCAUCUCCAGAUGAAUUUAAUUGACUCACCUGAGAACCAGCUAUGUAGCACAGCAUACUUUGCAUGCAGAUAGUCUCCAGUUCAAUCCCCAAUAUUUCCAGUUUGUUUUAAAAAGUUAGGCUGCAGUGGUGGGAUAAUAAUAAUAAUAAUAAUAAUAAUAAUAAUAAAUAAUUAUAAUAUUUAUUCAUUCAUUCAUUCAUUCAUACCCCACCCAUCUGGCUGGGUUUCCCCAACCAUUCUGGGCGGCUUCCAACAAAAUAUUAAAAAUACAAUAAAACAUCAAACCUUAAAAACUUGCCUAAACAGGGCUGCCUUCAGAUGUCUUCUAGAAGUCAGAUAGUUGUUUAUUUCCUUGACAUCUAAUGGGAGGGCAUUCCAGAGGGCAGGCACCACUACUUAGAAGGCCCUCUGCCUGGUUCCCUGUAGCUUCACUUCUUGCAGUGAGGGAACCACUAGAAGGCCGUCGGAGCUGGAUCUCAGUGUCCAGGCUAAACGAUGGGGGUGGAGAUGCUCCUUCAGAUAUACUGGGCCGAGAGCCAUUGUAGGCAGCACAGCAUUGAACUAAAUAGACAAAUGAAAGAUCAACAUUAUUUUACAAAGUGCAUUUUUACUGUUAUUCUCCUAGGUCUUCUGGUGUCUGCCAAUACUUUCUCACCUUCCACACAUGGAAUUCCAUUCUUCAAAAAGUCUAGCAAGCCCGGAAGACUGGAAGAAGAGAUGAAGGUGCAAGGAGAGUCCCUCAGCAUAAAGGGCUUCUGUUCACAACAAAAGAAAGUCUGGUGCAAAGGAGAUCUGCUGAAGGAAUGUAACCCUACAGAGUCUCCUAGCCUCUCAGGCCCAGGGUGGAAAUAUCUGACUACUGAGCCAAACCAGAGGGUUUUACUACAGGAUCUGAAAAAUGGCUGUUUUUCUUUUCUCAUAUCAGCUCUCCAAGUAGAAGAUUCAGGGAUAUACUUGUUUGGGAUCACUGAUGGCUUGAAUAUUGCCCCAUUAAGAAAAAUCAAAGUCAAUGUUCGAAAAGGUAAGCACAUGUAGGUAAAUAGAACUAGUUCCUGUGGUAAAUCAGGGAUGAUCAAGACACACGAGGGCGCGGGGAUCACGUGAUAUAGCUUUUCUGGGAUUGUACCAUAGUGUCAAAUUUAAUCCCCAGCAUUACCCAUUUAAGAAGGUAGGUUGCAGUGCUGAGAAUGUCCUCGAGAGCCACUGACAGCAAGGGUGGACAUUACAGUACUGGGAUAAUGGGCACGUGGAAAGUCAACACUGUUUUACAAGACGUACUUUCACUGUUAUUCUCCUAGGCCUUCUUGCACCUACCAAUACUUUCUCACCUCCAACACCCGAUGUUCCAUUCCUCAAAAGCUCUAGUAAGCCAGGAAAGAGACUAGAAGUGGUGAUGAAGGUGCAAGGAGAGUCCCUCAGCAUAGAGGGCUUCUGCUCACCGCAAUAUUUGCAACAAGAGGGAGUCUGGUGCAAAGGAGAUCUGCUGAAAGAAUGUAACCCUACAGAGCCUUCUAGCCUCUCGGGCCGAGGAUGGCAGUAUCUCACUUCUGAACCAAGCCAGAAAUUUGCACUACAGGAUCUGGGAAAUGGCUGCGCUGCUUUUUUCACAACAGCUCUCCAAGUAGAAGAUUCGGGGAUAUACUGGUUUGGGGUUCUUGAUGGCCUGAACAUCACCCCUUUAAGAAAAAUCAAAGUCAUUGUUCAAAAAGGUGAGCACAUGGAGGUAACUGGAUCUAGUUCCUGUGGUAGUUCAGGACUGAUCUAGAUCACAUGGUAUAGUCCCCCUUGGAAUGUAGCAGUUUAGUUUGCAUAUAACCGAGUUCACAUUUGAUUAUUCUUCCAGAAAUAAAAAAUGCCUGUCAAGGAAAAAUGCAUUCUAGCAUAGCCUUUGCCCUUACUUGACACUUUUUUAAAUCUCCAAGUAGAUUGUUUUUUUAUCUGUGGAAGCACCCAAAUAUGUGAUUAUCCCAUCUAGUUUGAAUCUGCAUGUGCAGGUUCCCCAUCAGUAAGAGCUGCAUAGAGUUUGAGAUACACCACCACAGCAACACAUCCACAACUGGAAUAAGAAAGCAAUGGCUCUUUAGUUGAGACAAAUGGUAACAGCAUCAGUGUUCGUAAAAGGAAGCUGCAAAGACAGUGUUUCAAAGAUCAAUAUAGGAGGCCUGUGUUGUUUGUUAACGUAUUAAUUAUCAUGCUAAUAAGGGACAAUACUCUGGCUUCUCUUCAGAUCGUAUAAAUCGUUCACAUUUUACUAAAGAGAAUAAGGGGCAAAAGAAGGCAAGUUAGCAAAACCUGAAUGCACCUUGGAAGAGUUACAAUAAAGACAAAAGUUUUAUUUCUCUUCCUUUAUUUUCAGGGCAGCAAAAUUACGGGACUGUGACAGAAACCAGUGAAAAUGAACAAAGGUACCAACAUUAUAUUAUUUUUAAUUUAAAGGCAACUGGAUUAGGGAUUUGUGUUUGCUACAGUAUCUAUUCCUCCCACCGCUCUAUACUGUAUUGCAGUUGGGUCCAAAAAAAUUAUGUGAACAGAGGCAAUUACAGGAUUUGACUUUUCCAUUCAAAUAAUUAUAUUAUGGCACUUCCAGAAUUUUAUAUCCUCUACAAAAAAACCAUGGUAUGAUUAUCUGCAUCUAACAUGCAGUCUGCAUGUGCCUUUUCUCUGCUGCACAACUGUGCUACAAAACCUUGAGCUCUUUGCAUACUUCUGUCUGACUUUGAAAGCUAAACAAACUUUAUUGUGUACAGUACAUGUAAAUGACAGUCUAACAAAUAUAUUAGGUACCUGUUAGCAAAGCCCAUAGGAUGACCUUAGGCCAGUCAGUAUAUCCCUCAGUCUAACUUACCGUAACUCACAACACUAUUGUGAGGAUUAAAUAGGGGCAGGGGACAAUUUUCACCAUCUUGAGGAAAGGUGGGGUUUAAAAUGUAAUUAAUUAAUAAGCAGGUUUAACUAAUGCACUAUGGAUUGUUUCAGACUUUAUCACAUUGUCUUAGUCCUGGUUUCCAUUGCGGUUGGCAUAACAAUUAUUGCAGCCCUCAUAUUAGUUGUCACAAUGCUCAUCAAGAAGAAAACAAGAGGUAUGAUUUGCUUUUGUUUUUCAUGUAGCCCAGCCAUUUUAAAGAUUUCAUUACAUGCAUAACUGUAAUAGCACCUGGCAGGCAUCUAAAUGGAUGGAUUGGAUUUGAAUACAGUAUUGUGCAGUAUUGUAGCAUUGAAGAUGGUCAGGAUUGCACACCUAAAUGGCUUCAUCUGAACAGACUGUGUGCUUUCAUGUCAAUAUUUGCCUUUCUAAAUGAAGGCUGAAAAGUCUCUACGAUAUACAAAACAGUAAGCGAAUCUGAGGCUCUGCUCAACAGAAAUUCGCAAGCAUCAACUGACUACAUCUCAUCACUCCCUCUAUGAGUUACGUGCUUGUGCAAUGCAUAAAUGCACCAAGUGGCAAAACAUCUGACAUUAUCCCACUCUGUGACAUGAUGGGCUUUGGAUGCAUGGGGGAUGCACAUCACCACCCAUCUCAAACCAUUCAUCCACAUAGCUGUCAACGUUUUCCUUCUUUUAAGGGAAAUUCUCUUAUUCCGAAUAGGAUUCCUCGCAAGAAAAGGGAAAAGUUGACAGCUAUGUUCAUCCAGUACAUCACCUUACUUCAUGUGACUCAAUAGCUUUUACACUUCCCACAGUCACCUUUUAAGCAAAAAGGUUUGACAAAACGACUUUCAACGAUGCCAUUUCUUCAUAGCUCAGAGAAAGCCAAUGCACUGAAUCCAUGUCACACUGUUGGCAAUCAGUAAAUACAGUGGUACCUCUAGUUGCGGACUUAAUCCAUUUCGGGGUGCUGUUCGCACCCUGAAAAGUCCACAACUAGAGCACCUCUUCUGCGCAUGUGUGCGGCGUGAUUGAGCACUUCUGCAUGUGCGUGAAGCACGCAGAUCGCUUCUGCGCAUGUGGUGAACCUGGAAGUAAACACUUCUAGGUUUGCUGCAUUUGUAAGCUGAAAGUCCAUAACCAGAGCGGAACACAACACAACACGAGGGAUGACUGUAUAAACAGAACCAUCUCACAUAUUAUGCAGAGGCAGCCAAUGAAUGUACAUUCAACAAAGAGAUGCAACUAGUCAGUUGUCUGAUGAAUGUAUCCCUACAUUUCGCCAUCUUCACAUUUUUAAGGUGUACACUUACGUCUUAGUGUUCAGUUAAAAAUUUAACAUGUGAAGUGGCGCACAGACAGGCACAUUUAUAUACUAAAAUGAGACUCUCUUCUUAAUAGCAGCAGAUGACCUGAAUUUUGGUGAUAACCCAAACUGUAGAAUAAUAACAUUCCAGGUAAGAGACCAUUUCACAAGUUAGGAGAAAAUCUGACCAUGGGCAGUUUCUCCACUGUGGAAAUAUAGUAAUCAUGAGCAUUAUCAUUUCCCAUAGAAAAAAAAACCACCUUCAAAUAUGCUUUGCUUUGCUAGAUUAUCACAUUCAACUCAGAUUUUGCAGUCAGAUCUAUGGGGAUCCUGGGCCACAUUUGGCAUCUGGACUACAGCUUCCACCUCUUUCUGGGGGAUAAGAAAGAAUCCAUGUUGUCAUUCCAUUUCCUGAAAAUAUACAGUUGCCCAAAUAUAGCAUGACUCUAGACCCAGCACUAAGUUGCAAACCAGGCAGUAACCUUGACUGUGAAUGCCAUGUUGAAAACUUUAGUAAUAUACAACUAUAAUUCAUUCUCAGUACUGGGUAUUUUAUAUGGUCUAUGGGAAAUGCAUUUAAUUCAGGCUCCCUUGGCACCAACAUUAAGUUUUUUUCACCAAGUAAAGAUGCAUUUGUUUUUCCAGGCAUUUAGGUGAUUUUUGAUACUUUUAUAUAUGGUUUGCUGCUGGUGGGACUAUUUUUAAAUGCAAUUAUGUGUUUUUGCUUUCCCUAAAGGUUUUAUUUGCUUUUAAAUUGCAUUGUUCACCACCCAGACACCAAGCCAAUUCCUAUUCCCACCCACCCUCACUCCCAGUUCAGUUACACUCACAGAUAUAGCAUGACUCUAGACCAGGGCAGAGAUGCCAUGGGUAUUCUACAGAUUUAACUAUGUCCCCCUCCCACUUAGUGGAAAUGUGAUUAUAGGAUUAUUCUAUUAACCAUUUUCUGCUUAAAUGCCUAUACUGCUGGGCUAUAAAUGUAUUACUACAAAAAUUACUAUUUAUCCUAGCAGUAGUUCAGUUUGUCUUAUUUGAAAGAAGUCUGUCAGAGCCAGUUUGUAUUUACACAUUUUAAAAAAGAUAGAAACCCUUAACAGAUGCAGACACAAUACCAAAAAUGGGAAUCUGGUCUUGGAGGUGAAAUAAGGCUGGCAUUUAAGAGUCUAUUUCCAAAAAAACAAGCCUUUUUGUUUCUUAUCCAUGCUCAGAUACAUGAAAGCACUGCUACCGACAAUCCUUUGGACAAAGAAACAAACGCGGUAUACGCCAUAUUGAAGAAGCCAAUGACAGAGGAUGUGACAUAUGUCAACAUGAAGUUCCCAUUAAGGUCAAGUUUCAACAAAAACCCCAGUGAGCUUUCCUCUCCAGGAGAGUGCUCUCCUGGUGUGAUCUCUUCAGGAUCUGUGAAGUAUGCAAAUAUCAUCUUUGGUUCACAGGUUCCACAUACCAAGGACUAAAGACAAACUAGAUGUAUAAAUUCUAGAUCUCCAAUUGUGAAAUUCAAUUCUGAAACAAAGGUGGAAGCUGCAUUUGGCUGAGAAUUAAAAUUAAAAGCUAUUUUCCAAAAUGCCCCUUUAACUUCUUAGGAAUGUUGAACUAAUAUUCAUUAUUGUAAGACCUGAUAGUGGACCUGCUACUAGCUUUUAGAUCAGCCUAUCCGGAACUUGUAUGCAUGUCAGUUCACAUGGGCAGGUACGCCCAUGAAAGUAGCUUUGACCCUAUGAGAUGGAGACAUAUUUGCUUGAACCAGUCUGUGCACAGGAAAGCAGCCACCAUCUCUAGCAGUGAAUAGCAUGGAUGCAAAAAUCAAGCUACAGUGGUACCUCGGGUUACAAACACUUCAGGUUACAAACUCUGCUAACCCGGAAGCAGUUGCUCCGGGUUGCAAACUUUGCCCCAGGAUGAGAACGGAAAUCACACAGUGGCGGCAUGGCGCCAUUAGCGAAAGCACGCCUAAGGUUAAGAACAGUUUCAGUUUAAGAACAAUUUCGGGUUAAGAAUGGACCUCCAGAAUGAAUUAAGUUCGUAACCCGAGGUACCACUGUAAUGUGCUUUUGCUUUCCCAUCAUACCAGGCUCCCAAGUCCAGUUCUCAUUCAUCUUAUGGAUGGUUUAAAAUCCUGUUGUUAAAAAUGUAACAGGAGUUAUAGCAUGUAGUGCAUGUAUGAAUAAGUGCUCUUUGUAUAAGAAAGCAUUGGGCCAUUUUUUCUCAACAAUUGGACAACAGCUUACAAACCUGGGAAGGGACAGGAGAUAUUCUAGUUAAAUGGUUGUACUUAGCUUUUAAGUUGUGAACAUCUAAGGUCAAACCUAAUCGAAGCACAUUCUGUAUAUAUAUAUUUUUAAGAAUAAUUUUUUAUUAACCGACCAAUCAC